AUGUCUGGUCAAGGUGGAAGGAACGCCAUCACCGCGGGCAGCAAGAUCUUCAAAAAGGUUGCUGCCGGUAACGCCAAGGCUAAGACAGGAUCAGUCCGAAUUGGUGUUGCCACUGAAGCCGAGGGGUGGAAGCGCCCCUUGGAGACUGCACCUGAGUCAAUUGGCGGUCGCUUGAAAGAAUAUAUCGAGGCUUGGGAUCAGGGUCCAAAGCCAGGGACGGUGGAAAUGGUUGCCAGGGACGCAGAGCAUGCAAGCGCGGAUCCCCAGAGGCAUAUGACGGUGGAAUGUUUCGACAAGGAUGGAAAUAAGAUUGAAACCGUACACGUCCCCGCGCCAGAGCCCACGGGUGGCAAGAAGUAA